GUGGAGCUCAAAGUUGACGUAAACACAACCCUAGUUAGUCAAUGUAAAUCCAUAUCUGAAAGAAUGUUACGGUAGCACGGUUAAGUGCAUUUUUUUUAUUCACAAAAUGCGAUGUUAUCUUCAUGCACUUCUACUGUGCAUGGUCUUUGCUGUCUUUUCGGUGCUGUAUGUUUUUAAUCAACUACCGGUAGCCUCGUCUUUUGAGUCGCAAUACGAAGACGGAUGGACCGACAGAAGAACAAAAAAAUCCAGUGGCAGGCAACCCCAAUUUGGGGCCCAAGACACUAGGCACAUAGUCAGGAAUGGUGAAGGAGUGCCAAGCCUUUUUGCCCACCAAGAACAUGACAGGACCAGAACUACAAAUGCCUGUCUCAAGCUUCACAUCACUCACCAGGGCUAUGAUGAUCUGGACGAGACUGACAAAUCGAGGCAAAGGGAGAAGCCAGCCUCCGCCAGCAUCCAGGAGGCCACUAAAGAUGAGCGGCUCCAUCUGGCUGUAGUGGCCUGUGGUCCCAGACUAGAGGAGACUCUCACCAUGUUAAAGUCUGCGCUCCUCUUCAGCGCCAAACUGCUACACUUUCACAUUUUCGCAGAGGACCAUCUGCAUGGCAGCUUUGGAGAGUCUCUGGACUUGUGGCCCAGUGACUUCCAGACCAGGUUUAACUACACCAUGUACCCCAUCACCUUCCCCAGUGAGAACGCCAAGGAGUGGAAGAAACUCUUCAAACCCUGUGCUUCUCAAAGGCUCUUCCUUCCGUUGAUCCUAAAAGACGUAGACUCUCUGCUGUACGUGGACACCGAUAUCUUGUUCCUUCAGCCUGUAGAGGAGAUCUGGUCCCUGCUCUCCCUCUUCAACUCCACCCAUCUGGCAGCCAUGGCCCCUGAGCAUGAGGAGCCACGCAUCGCCUGGUACAACCGCUUCGCACGUCACCCUUACUAUGGAAAGACCGGGGUCAACUCUGGCGUCAUGCUCAUGAACAUGACCCGGAUAAGAGAGAAAUACUUCAAGAAUGACAUGACGUCAGUCCCCCUCAAAUGGGUGGAGCUGCUGAUGCCACUUCUCCAGAAAUAUAAACUCAACAUCACCUGGGGAGACCAGGACCUGCUCAACAUCAUAUUCCAUCAUAACCCAGAGAGCCUGUAUGUGUUCCCGUGCCAAUGGAACUACCGUCCAGACCACUGUAUCUACGGCAGCAACUGUCUCGAGGCCGAACAAGAGGGCGUCUUCAUUCUCCACGGAAAUCGAGGUGUUUACCAUGACGACAAGCAGCCAGCGUUCCGGGCCGUCUAUGAAGCCAUCCAGAAGUACACAUUUGGGGACAACCUAGUCCAGUCCCUACUCCUCCCCCUGGAGGCAAAUCUUCAGGAGACCAAACACACCUACUGUGGAAGAGCCAGUCACAUGUUUACUAAGAGGUUAAAACGGAGCAUCAGCAUACUUCAACAGGAAACCAUAGAGGGAAGGUGACGUAUACCACUAGACUACCACUCUCCUACUACCAUCGAUGGCUGACUGACACUCUGUGGCACACCUCGAAACUAUGCCCCCAGGAGUACAGGGAAGAGCAUGCAUUACUGGCAUGUGUAUAUGAUCCCAGGCGGGAUUUAGCCCACGCUCUUUCCUCAACCGUCUAUGCCCAAAGUUAGAUGAAUCCGUCUUCUGUUUACAAACGGGCAACAGCUACCGGCGCGUCGACACUGCUCCAAAGACAAUUUCGAGGGGAAGAUGAUCAGUGUAACACCGUGUCUGUUUUCCUGUGGAGCUGUUGUUCCUCAAAAAACUUUGUCCCGUGAACGUGAUAAUCAUCAGGUUAGGUAACUGCAGUCAAAACGUGUGGGAAAGCGCUGAAAUUAAAUCUCUUUGCCCUCUACAGAAUUGGACAUUUCUAUCAUCUGAGUGCAAAAAUGGUACACUUCACAAUCGGGUUGCUGUAUGUUUUUCACCUGUGAUGAGAAUGUCAGUCUGACGAUCGCAUUGCAAUCCUCAGAAGUAUUCAAGGAAGAGAACCCAUCACGGUUCUUUAUAUGCCCCGCAUGAUCCAAAAGUAUAUAUUUUAUUUAAAGUAUAUGUUAAUGUUAUAUCAAUUAGAUUUAAAUGUUAGAAUUAAAUUGAAAUUAUACACCUGCAGUGUCAUGAAGAAUGACAACACACCGGUUAAAGUUUGUCAUAACUAUUCCAUGAAUGCAGUUUCAUUGGUACAAAACUUGAUUGUAAACAAAUGCUAAAGGGAAGUAUUUUGAGGUUUAGAAUCUGAGGAUAUCAAUAUUGGUGUUAUACAGUGCAUUCGGAAAGUAUUCAGACACCUUGACCUUUUUCACAUUUUGUUACGUUACAACCUUAUUCUAAAAUGGAUUCAAUUGUUUUUUUCCUCCCUCAUCAAUCUACACACAAUACCCCAUAAUGAGAGAGCAGGUUUUUAGGUUUUUGGGGGGCAAAUUUAUAAAAUAAAUCUAACUGAAAUCACAUUUACAUAAGUAUUGAAGCCCUUUAUUCAGUAGUUUCUUGAAACACCU